AGGGUCAUAACUUUAACACCCACUUCUGGAGGGUGUGGUGAUGCCUAAUCUUUCUAAUCACCACCCAGCCUCCCCAAGGCUUCUGCACAGCCAACACUUAGCCAAGGAUGGACUCUCUGCCGCUGCUUAUCUAUUUGUGUGCCACAGUGCUGAUGCCAUGCCACGGAUUCAGUUUGGAUACCGAACAGCCAACCGUCUUCCAGGAAGCAGCACUGGGCUUUGGGCAGAGUGUAGCGCAGUUCGGAAGCAGAAGAAAUGGAGGGCUGUUGGUUGGUGCCCCACUCCAGAAGGGGGGAGAGAAUGAAACGGGUAAACUCUACAAAUGUCAGCCGGGGCCAAGAAAAUCAGGCAGUUGCCAGGAGGUCCUUGUGCAAAGACCCAUUGAUGCCGUGAACAUGUCUCUCGGUAUGUCUGUCUCUGUCCAAGACUCCCAGUUGCUGGUGUGUGGUCCCACAGUCCAUCAGACCUGUGGGAAAAACAUAUACCUCAAGGGCUAUUGCUUUCACCUGGAUGAAAAUUUGAGGGAGAUACAACACUUUCCUAAGAACCAAACAGAAUGUCCAAAACAGCACUCUGACAUAGUGUUUCUGAUAGAUGGUUCAGGAAGCAUCAAGCGCCACGAGUUUCCACAAAUGAAGACAUUUAUAUCAGAGGUCAUAAAGCGUUUUGAAAAUACUGACACCCAGUUUGCCUUGGCCCAGUAUUCAAACCAAUAUCAAGAACACUUCAACUUUCUUCAGUUCAAGAACACUCGAGAUCCCAAUACACUUCUUAUACCAGUUAGACAACUGUUCGGGGCUACUCACACAGCUACAUUUAUACAGAAAGUGGUGCGUGAGCUCUUUGUCCCAGAAAAAGGAUCCCGCAGUGGUGCCUCUAAGAUUCUCAUUGUGAUAACAGAUGGAGAGAAAUUUGAAGACGAGCUGGAAUAUAGUGACGUGAUACCAGAGGCUGACAAUGCUGGCAUCAUCCGUUUUGCCAUUGGGGUUGGAGCAGCUUUUUCUCAAGGCAAACCAAGGCAAGAGCUCAACACAAUUGCCUCUUACCCGCCCUCGGACCAUGUUUUCUCUGUGAACAACUUUAAUGCUCUCAAGGACAUCCAGAACAAGCUUGAGGAUAAAAUUUUUGCCAUUGAAGGUACACAUUCCCAAGGUGGUACAUCCCAAAGCUCCUUCCAGUAUGAGAUGUCCCAAGAGGGAUUCAGUGCCUUGCUAACCCCGGUUGGACCCAUUCUGGGGGCAGUAGGAGCCAAUGACUGGUCUGGAGGACUCUUCCUAUAUGGGGACCCUGAUAAACCAGCCUUUAUUGAUGUGCCCAGCUCCACUAAGGAUAUGAAAGAUGCUUAUCUCGGUUAUGUGAUGCAGAUGGUUCAAGUGAACGGCCAGAGCAGCUUUGUGGUAGGAGCCCCUCGUUACCAACAUGCCGGCAAAGUCUUUUUGUUCAGCCGACAAAAUUUGCAGUGGCGGAAGACAUCAGAGUUGUCUCCAAAGGAGUCCCCCCAGAUUGGCUCAUACUUUGGUGCUACGCUUUGCUCCGUGGACCUUGAUAGAGACAAAAACACAGAUCUGGUUCUUAUUGGUGCUCCCAUGUACUAUGAUGGCGUGGCAGGAGGAGUGGUCUACAUCUGCGAGAGGCAGGAGGAUGGGUUUUUCUGCAGCCAGAAAUUGCAGGGGGCAGCCAAACAGCCCUUGGGCCGCUUUGGAGCCAGCAUAGCAGAAAUAGGCGAAAUAACUGGGGACCGAUGGACGGAUGUGGCCAUUGGGGCUCCAAUGGAGGAUGAGAACAGAGGAGCUGUGUACAUAUUCCAUGGGAGCAGAAGAUCCAUCAACCCAGCAUAUAGCCAGCGCAUCCAAGGCUCUCUGCUUCCCAAUAGGCUCCAUUACUUUGGCCAGGCUAUUGGUGCCGGGAGAGAUCUGACUGGAGAUGGCCUCCCAGACGUAGCAGUGGGGGCUCAAGGAAGAGUGCUGCUGCUGAGGGCUCGACCCGUGGUACGAGUAGUGCCCACUAUCACCUUCACCCCAAAUGAGAUCCCCAUUGCUGCCUUUGAAUGUCAGGACCAGGAUGUUCUGAACAAGGAAGUCAGUAAGGCAACUGUCUGCUUCACUGUUAUGAUGGAUCCUCGGUUUACACAAGGCAGCAGCAUUUUGAACACCAUUCAGUACAAGUUGAACUUGGAUCCUGGUCGAAUGAGGGUUCGGGCCAUUUUUAACGGAAACCCAGACUCUUCCACCAUCACCAAGGAGAUAAAAACGGGACUGAAGAGACACUGUGAGGAGUAUCGCAUAAAGUUGCCGACCUGCGUAGAAGACAGCUUCACACCCAUAAACCUCCGGUUGAAUUAUACUCUCAUUGGAGAUCCCAUUCCUGGUGCUGACAACCUGCAAGCCAUCCUAAGCAAAGAUAGCUCCCCUAUAUUUACAGCACCGCUACAUUUUCAAAAGAAUUGUGGUGCAGAUGGAGUCUGUAAAGACCAGCUAAAAACCUCCUUCAAUUUCUCAGGCCUGGACACUCUGGUGGUGGGCCUGACCCCUGAGCUCAAUGCUACAGUCUUCAUUCGGAAUGAUGGGGAGGAUUCCUAUGGCACCACUAUAACCUUCUUCUACCCUUCCGCACUGUCCUACCGCAGGCUCUCGCUAUUGAAGUCCAACAGGAGAAAUGUGGCUAUUAAAUGUGCUUCUACCCCUUCGGCAGAGGAUGACCCUAUGAGGAACACCACCUGUAACAUCAACCACCCCAUCUUUCGGGCUGGGGCUGAGGCUAUUUUCAUUGCCACCUUUUCCGUCUCCCAGAAUGCAGAUCUAGGGAGAGAGAUACAGAUCAAUGCCACAGCUGGCAGUGACAACAAUGGCCCUGUCACUCCGGACAUGAUUCACCAAGCGAAGCUGCUUGUCAAAUAUGCAGUAUAUGUCUUUGUUAAUGCUGUCGAUGUGUCAACCAAGUAUGUCAAUUUUUCUGCUGGCCAGGAAGACGGAAAUCAGACUGUGGAACAUCGCUAUGAGGUGAAGAACACAUAUACACGAAAGGUUCCUGUCUCAAUCACGUUUGAGUUCCCUGUGCAACUGAAUGGGACAUGGGUGUGGAAUGCAUCCGCGGACAUCCUUCCUGAGAUGAACCACCUAGCUCAGUGUGCCCCUGAAGGAGAGACCCAAGGAAAGACCCAAGUGUCCAAAGAUUUUGUGGCACAACUAAGAAAGAAUUCCAUUCUGGACUGCUCUGUGGCCGUCUGUAAAACGAUCCGGUGCAACAUUCCAUCCCUGGGGCAGAAGCAACCACUGGAGUUCAGCAUCAAGGGGAAGAUGGGAUUCCAAUGGGUCUCCCAGACCCAGCAGAAGAAAGUGACCCUGGUGAGCUCAGCAAGGAUUUCUUACGAUGAGAAAAUAUAUACCCAGAAAGAGGGCCUUCCACAGAAUCAGGCGAAUACUGUGGUGGAAUUCCUGGAGCCUUACAACUACCUUCCUGUUAUUAUUGGCAGCAGUGUGGGGGGACUCAUUCUUCUUGCCCUGAUUGCUGCUGUUCUUUACAAGGUUGGCUUCUUCAAACGACAAUACAAACAAAUGAUGGAGGCAGGAGAUGGUGAGGUGGCGGGAUCCCCACAACAAGACAGUGGUGCUGGCCCCAGUUCUGCUGCUACUAAAGGGUAGCCAAUCCCACAACCCAUGCCUUCUAUAGGGUAUCUUAUAGUAUGCCCACAAUAAUCAAAUGGACUGAACAAGAUGAGAUAAUUGCUCCUGAACAUAACCGAGGUCUGCUUCAUAGAUUGCAGUUUCCUUAAAUAGAAAGAACUUUGAUGGUAGAAAAUGACCGUCACAUGUAUCACAGUUGCUCACAUGCUGAGGUAUGUUGGGGGGUAUGUAUGUGAGCACACAGAUAAAUAUGUACAUGUGACAUCAUUACAGGUAAUAACCUAUACAGGCGUCUCCCCACUUACAUGGGGGUUACAUUCCCAGGUACUGUGCAUAUACAGUCAUACCUCGGGUUACAGCCACUUCAGGUUGUGUUUUUUCAGGUUGCAGACCGCCGAAACCCGGAAGUACUGCAGACGUGCAGACGCGGGUUGUGAAUGCUGCGGGUUGCAAACGUGCAUCCUGCACGGAUCACGUUCACAACCCGAGCGUCCACUGUACGUGAAAUCAUGUGUAGUGGGGAACAACAUCUAAAAAGCUGAAUUCCACUAAAAAGCCACCAAAAUUACUCCCUCCAAACCUCCUUUCUCAAACUCCAAUUCUCCAAGGCCUCAAAGAUCAGUGCAAGGGCUUAUGGAAUGACUAGCUAUUUUCCCGCUAUUUUCGUGCCAUUUUUGCAGCUUUUCUGUUCUUUUCAGGCCAUUUUUGCCCUGUUCACAUAUUUUUGCAGUUUAGAUUAAUUUAUUUAAUUGUUUCCCAAAACUUCACAUGUUCAUGGGCAAGUCAAACAUGCAUAAGUGGAGAAAUGCCUGUACCGGGAAUGGACAACUUGUGGUCCUCUAGCUGUUGCUGAAUAGCAACUCCCUGAUGGGAGUUGGAGUCUAACGCCAGGUGGAGGACCACAGGUUCCCCACUCCUGACAUACACACAGUCCUACAAAAAAGUGCUUUUUAUGCAGGAAAAUACGCCUAUCGUGGCUUUGAAAGCUAGGGAUCAUGGCUUCUAAUCCCUAUGACUAUGGGCUGGUGAAGUUCAGUCAUAUGUUGCAGAAGUGUGAGAAAGAGUGUCUUAUGUUUGUAGCACAUCCAGCAAUACACCUGUGGUAAAAUGUUAUUGUCCUUAUAAACGUAGCAGACUGAAAAGAAUGUGAACAGCAGCAUCUCAGCUGCCGGAAGGGAGACUGAACCAAAUUUAUGUGGUCAAGGGGUGAGGCAUAAGUGUCUUGCACAGUUCCUUCUCAAUCUUCCAUAGCAAUUAUUCACUGGUCCCUGCCCUUGUACUCCAGAUAUAACUAUCUCUACCCCCAAAUUCUCCCAGCUUUUGCAAAAAGAAAAGAUUUUGAAUAAAUGGAUCAUGGAAGAAGAAAAAAGGGCAAAUAUCUGCAAAUGCACUUAUUACCCAUAAAUUAAUCCUGGCCCUGGGUUUUAAGAUCUCAGGCACAGCAUUUAGAUGAAAUGCUUUUAGGUGAAAUGCUGGGAUUUUUCUGCCUGGGGACCAUGUUCCCGUACUGGAGAUAGAUGUAUCAGAUUGUUCCUCCUGCAACUUAAUCUGCUGUGCAAACAGUUGCUGCCUGAAGAAGUCCCCUGGUUGUUUCUUUCAUUCACAGUUAUGCUGCAUCUUGGACUUGGUAUGUGGAUAUAAAUUUAUAACUAUCAACAUU